AUGAACUUCUUCUUCUCCUUUUUCCAUUAUAUUCCUGAUAAAUUAUCAUCUUCUUCAUCAUUUAUGAUUUUAUUUUUACUUAUUUUUGCUUUUUUCGAAACAACUUGUAAGUUUGACACGAAUAUUUUGUUGGGAGUACUGUACUUUUCAUUUUCAAAAUAUUAUCCAAAAUUCAAUCGGUUUGAACCAAAAAUUUAGAAAAUAUUUAAAGUGGGACUAUUUUUAAUUUUUCGUUGUUGUGGAUUGUUCUGUAAUCAAUUUACUCAUUUAAUUUCUGGAUUAAUUCUGCAUUUACUCAAAAAGCAUGAUCUCUGGUCUGAUUUAGAAAUUUUGAAAAUUUCAUUUAUCGGUGCUCAAUUUCCAUAGUUUAAUUCAAAUCCUAAAAAUAUUGUGUCCGGAAGAUCACCAGAAUGCCUUUUUCAUAUUUUUAAAAGGAUCGAAGACCUUUUUUAAAAACAAUCAUAGACAAAAUUCCAAAAUUCCUGUUGAAAAAUCCCAUUUCAAAAUGCAAUAAACAUUGCUUUUCAUAAAAGCCAAAACCGAGAUUCAUCAAUCAUUCAUCAAAAUCUACUCAAUUUUCCUUAUUGCGUUAUCUAUUUGAUCAACAAAAAGUGAAAUCUUCAGAGAAUUCGUGAAAAAAAACUAAUUAUCUAUCUUAUUUAGCCGGACAAGUUCAUGAUUUCGAAGUAACUACAGUACCCUCAUGGGCACCAACUGGAAGAUUAAAUCAAUUUAAUGGAUUUGCCACUCCAAGACCAAGUUUAUUACCAGAAAAUGCACAAAUGAGUGAGUUUUAAUUUAUGAACUAAAACAUUUAAUUAAUAUUUUAUAGUGUACGCAUCAGUUUGGGCUGCUUGGUCUGCUUGGUCAUUUUGUUCAGAUUCAAAUCGAAUACGAGUUCGAGCAUGUAAUACAGUUCGAGGUUUUCGUUGUUUAGGACCAAAUCAAGAAACUGAACCAUGUGAUAUGUCAACAAGUCCAAUUCGAGGUGUUCCACAACAAAAUAUAUUAUCAAAUGAUUAUGAUAUUAUUGACCCAUGGCAAGAAGACAGGUUUAGAAAAUUAUUCAAAAUAUUCAUGAACAUUAUAUUUUUUGCAGAAUUGAAGCUCUUAAACAAUUAUAUCCAGAUGAAUCAAUUGAUGAAAAAUUGAGUCGAUUACCAGAACAUGAAAAACAACGUCUUUUAUCUCGAAUUUCAUCAUCUCCACCAGCUCCAAAUCUUGUUUCUCACGAACUUUUGAAUCGUCCACAAAAUGAUAAUAAUGGAGCUCCUGGAGCAACUCCUGAGAAAAUGUUUGGAGCACAUCCAAAGGCUUUUGCUGUUAAAAGUGUCCAAAAUGCUGUGAAACUUGAUCAAGAUCAAAAGGUAACCAAAAUUCGAAUAAUUUUCAUGAAUUUUAGUUUUUAGAGCACCGAUGAAAUUCUGGGAACUGAUCAAUUUAUACCAUUUUUGACAAGAGAUGGAGAUUCUUCAACAAAACCAGCUCAAAAGAAUCGAGGAGAAGGAAAACUAUUGAGAAAAGUUACCACAACUUCAACUACAACAACAGAAGAACCAUUUGAUCCAGAAACUAUUUUCAAUAUGGAUGGACCAAGAUUUUCUGGAAAAGAUUUUAAAAAUGAUAUUUUUGGAAAUGUUGAUGAUUUGAUUCGUCCGCCAUCAACUAAGAUACAAACCACAACGACCACAACUCAAAAGCCAACCACAUCUGUCAAAACUACAGUAGCCUCAACCACAACAAAACAAUCAACAACAGUAGCAUCGACAACCCCAAUUCCAACCACAGAAUCUAGUACACAAAAACCAACGCCAACAACUACAGUAUAUAUAAUUCCAACACGUGUCACACCUCGUUUACCACCAGCAAUAUUUGUUGAAGAAAAUGUUGAAUUAGUAACACCAGCAAUUGAACCAUUCCCAAUUCCAACAACAACAACAUUCUCUCCACCAAUUCCGAUUAUUCCACAAGAAAUUUCAUUUUUCCAAGCUGAAGAUGUUUUGAUGAAACAAAAACCGAAACAUAAUAAACCAUCUAAAUUAUCACUUCAUGAUGGAGAGGUCUCACCACGACCAACUACAGUACCACCAAAAGAAUUGCCGGAAGAAAUCUCGUUGGAUACAUUACAUGCUUUGGAUUGGAUGUUGGCUAAUAUGACAAAAGCAGCUGAACAAGGAAAUGCAAUGAAUUUCGGGUAAGUUUCGCAUAAAUAGAUUUCAAUCGAAAUGUUUUAUACAGAAAUGAACUUCGUGAUUUGACAUCAACUACAACUGAAACAAGUUCAUCUAACAAAAAAAUUGUGAAGAAAACGAAGAAAAACAAGAAAACUCGAUUGAUAAAAUUACAUUAUGGAGAAAUUGAAGGACCAAAAAUGAAAUUGACAAAAUUCCCAAAAUUCAAAAAUAAGAAUUCGAAUCGAGCAAAAAUGUUUGGAAUUCGAACAAUUGGACAUAGCAAUGAAAAAGUUGAACUGCCAAUUUAUGCAUUCUCAAAUGACAAUGAAAAUAAUGAAAAACGAAAAAAUGAACUCGUCGAUGAAAUAAAUGAUAUUCAGGUAACAAAAUUGUUAAGGAAAGACUUUGGGAAAAUAUUUAAUUUCAGGAUUUGAUGGAACAAUUGGAUGAAAGAAUUGAAUCAAGAUCAGCAUUAAUGGAACCAGAAAGCUUGAAACAUGUUAGUUCCGUUAUAAAAAAAAACAAUUACAAAACAUUGAUUUUUUCAGGAACACAACUCACCAUACGUCUAA